AUCAGCGUAUCCACGUGUGUCCAAAUCUUUUAUCCCGUGUAGAUGUGUUGAUAUGCUGCUGUAGCUUUCGAUAAACACAGAUUUAACCCAGCUCAGGUCCGAAAUGGACGUUGCACCCGUUGGCAAAGCAGUAGCCCAGCCCAAGAAGAAACCUCGGCGACGAGGACCGCGACUCACGGGCGUAAGCAAGCAGAGGCGAGUAGCUAAUGCUAGAGAAAGGCGACGAGUGGAAAUCUUAAACAUGAACAUCCAAAUACUACGACAUAUGAUCCCUCUUCCGCCCCAAGAUAGGGAACCUUCCAAGACCGAAGUGAUUUGGCUGGCAGUUGACUACAUCACAGAGCUGACAAAAAUGCUGGAAACCGCUGAUAGAUGGCAAGCUGAGCUGGAAAGGGUUGAUGUGGACUCUCUUGAUGGCUCGUCUCUUGAUAGUCUUGACAGUUUAGAGGGCAGUCCACUUUUUAAUUUUGAAGGUGAGGUUUUUUUUUUUAGGAUAAAUGUCGAGUUAAAGGGAACUACGAUAGACAAGGAACUGAAGUGCCAAUGGUUCAUGAGUAGGAUCGGCCGUAAAUGAAGGGGCGACAAACUUUUGUCAAAGAAAGUCUUUUGCUUGCUUCAACUGCUUUGUAAUCUUGAUGUAAACCCUCGGAUGCCGGCUUAGGAAGUAAUGGCUCAUAUCAUAACUCGUUAGGAAAAACAAUGUUUAAAUAUUUUACUGCAAACUGGCCUUGUGAAUUUCUCUUCCCAAUCACCCCGAAAUGAAAAAAAGUUACCGAUCUCAGGAGCAAUGACGCUGAAGAAUUUCCCAAAAUCAUAAACAAUUUUAUUUAUCGUUUCCACAGUGCGCUGCCUACGGGGUGCUUCUUGCUGUACUUCCCAAUCACCCCGAAAUGAAAAAAAGUUACCGAUCUCAGGAGCAAUGACGCUGAAGAAUUUCCCAAAAUCAUAAACAAUUUUAUUUAUCGUUUCCACAGUGCGCUGCCUACGGGGUGCUUCUUGCUGUACGUAAAACUCAUAAUUGUUCAUGGUGUACUACCGCGAUAAAUGAAAGAAUCCCAUAGUUCUUCAGUUGUUCAAUCUAGUUCUUUCUAUCUGAUGAAUGGAAUUUCGUUGAGGACCGGUGCAUUCUAGUUAACGGACUGCUCUUUUGCUGCCACAAAUAUUUGUCUUCGUCUUCUUUGAGAAUGCGGUCGUGCGUGUCUCACCGAUUUACGCUGUAAAAAGACGAAAAAUCAAUCAAAAUCGUUUUGUCAAUCAAUCAAAAUUUCUAAUCUAAUUUUGGUGGUUGGAAAAACCAACUAAUCUAGCAGAAGAACACUUCUAUCGUUGUCGGAUGUUCAAUGGUUUAAUUGUCUACGACAACUAUGAUUGAUUAAAUGACAGAAAACUUUAAUUUCUUUCUUUUUUUUUUACAGAAUGUGCCCCAUUGUCUUUCUGAGCCGGACAAGAACGGACCCUAUAAUUAGAAAUAUCAAACACAACAUUUGAAGAACUGAGGGAGAAACUUUGCCUCAUAGCUUAGCUUCAGAGUAGAACAACAUCUAAUAUGUUUAUAACGACUAAUGCAAAUUUAAUGCAGUUGUCAUAAGUUAAUUGUUAAGGUCAUCAAAUAAGUAUGGACUUUUUGCAUAGGUUAACAACGAUAUUCUCAAAAUUACCUUGUGG